AUGCUCUCGCCGCUGCAUCUCGCGCCGCUCUAUGCCUUCGGGCUUCCACGCGUCCGCACGGCGCAGGGCUGGGUGGUCGGCUCACGCGCUGCCGAUGGCGUCGAGCGCUUUGCGGGCAUUCCCUUUGCCGAGCAGCCGGUGGGAAAGCUCCGCUUUGCCCGAGCCAGCCUCUCCGAGGUCCCGUUCCCGGGCGGCGUGCACGACGGCCGGCUGCCUGGCCCGCCCUGCAUUCAGAACCCCGCGGGUCCCAUCCGUGCUCCGGGAAGUGAGGAGCCGCCUCAGUCGGAAGCGUGCCUCCACCUCACGCUGUGGCGGCCCGCCGCCAGCCAGGAGCCGGCUGCUCCCCUCCCGGUGAUGGUCUACAUCUUUGGUGGCGGCCUCUGCGGCGGCAGCGCCAACGUAGUCUCUCUCAACGCCUCGCGCCUCGUCGUGAGGCAGCAA